UUCGUGGUCGAUGCCGCCAACCCCACCCAGGUCUCCUCAUCCUGCAUCCAGUUGCUGUCCAUCCUCUCCGCAGAGCAGCUCGCGUCCGUGCCUGUGCUGGUCCUCUUCAAUAAGAUUGACCUGCCCUGCUACAUGUCGCUGGUGGAGAUGAAGUCGCUGUUCCGCAUGCAGGACAUCAUCUCCUGCGCCACCCAGCCCAUCACAUUCAUCACCACACAGCUUCCAGACAAUGUGCCCCAAUGGGUCCUUGGCCGCUGCAACCCAGAGAAGCGGAUCUUCCCCAGCACCCCAGGGUCCUGCUGCUUCCAGCGCCACGCCACAGUAGCUCAGAAAGAUGUCUGGAUCCAGUCCCUGGCUGUAAGCAGAGUCCUGUCGUGUCCCGCUCCUUCCUAG